GAAACUAAAAAUAAUUCAAUGUUUGGUUAAUUAAAUGAAAAGCUGCAGAAAAUGAAAUGGAAGCUUUCAAUAAAGACUUUACGCAGUAUGAAAAUCGAAAUUGUUAAGUGCGUAUUAAAGUGUUCUUUUCUAGUACAAUGCGAUUUAAUUCCAAAUCAGCAAAAGUUUUGAUAUGAAAUGGUAUUCAAUGCUAAAUACUAUGCGGGCAACUCAGCCGGUUUUAAGCAAAAGCAAAAGCAACACUGUGAACAACAAUCCCACGUACCGCAAUCACAAUUGGGUUCAGAAAUAACUCGACAUACAGGUAGUGAACUAAAACCAUUGACUAUUGUGUGUGGGAGUGAUUCCACUACAACAACCUCAAUAACUGUAUCUAUUGAUCCAGUGAAAUCAAGUCAUAAUCAUCAAAGUGCCCACCAGCACAUUAACAAUAACGGAACUAACAUUAAAGACAAAAAAACUUCAACUGUAGACGGAACAUUUAGGGACUUAGCAACAAAUCGAGAAAGCCCGACAUUGGUAUCCAUUAAAACAGCAUCAAGUGACGCAUCUAACUCAACAACAAGAACUUCGGCAGUGACAUUCACAUCAAAACUUCCAACGGCUAGUCCCCUGGUACACCUUUAUGGCUUAGGUAUACCCAAGUCACCGUCAUUUCAUAGUGGUCUUGAUCAACUAGCCAGCAAGAAAAACGACUCUUACAUAAAUCGAUCACAAUUACCACAUACUAACGGUGGCAAUGACAAAGAAAGACCACAGAUUGGUAGCGGCGGCUUAAAAGAGCAAGGAACUGUAAUAUCAAACAACGGUAUAAAACUUAAAUUCACUAGCAUUGAAGAAAUCAAAACCAAAUUUCUAGUUAACGAAACGUCGGAUUUUAGAACACACUUGGUUGAAAAUCGCAAUCGACUUACACCAACAAUGUCACAGCAUCAACAGCGACAAAAUGCCGAAAUACAGGCAACAGCAGUAACAUCACAAUCAAUUACAACAAACAACGGCAUAUUGUCAGCGAUAACAACCACUCCUAUAGGCUCAGGUAUAGUUUCCGCUGCACUUGCGUCUAUUUACAAUUCCAGCAACAUAUCUUCGACGACAUAUACUUAUAAUUCCAAUACCGUAGCCUCUACAUACGCUUCCAACAGUUCAUCCUCAUAUACCUCAUCGUCAUCUGCAUGUAUAUCGAUUUCGAACGGAACAAGUACGCCAGUUGUUGGUGGAAUGCCUAGUUGUGGCAUUGGCGGUGUUGGCAAUGGUGGGAUUGCCACCAAUAGCGUCAGCACUGCUAUUGUCACCACAUCAACGACGGCAACGUCAUCUUCACUGGUUGCGACACUGACACAGCACUUUUCAGCUGCCACCUCGGCUACAUCACUGCUUUCAACGGCUGCCUCAUCAUCAUUAACCACUAAUAAUAAGUCGCCGGUUAGUGCAGCUGCCGCAAUCAAAAAUAUUUUGAAUGCCACAAAGAGUGUUGGAAACUCGGCUGCGGCUGUGGCGACGAGUAGUUUUAAUAGUACACACGGACAGGUGGCAAAUUCUACUGGAAGUGGCAACGCAAAUGUGGCACAAAAUAUCGUUAGUGGUAUUAGUAUUUCGUUGGGUAUUGGUGGAUCAACUAACAAAAAUGUUGUUACAAACGGGAUUUCAUUGAGUAGCGGAAAUGAUACAUCAUUGGAAACCAAAAUAAAUAAUACUAAAUCCGCCCAUUUUCGAAGUGGCGAGGAAUCGUACAAUGUCAUCACCACCGGUGUUAGUAACAGUAGUUUUAACGGCGGGAGUAUUGAAAAUGAUAGCUGCAGCAAGGACAGCACAAGCGACAGCGGAAUUUUAUCGCCACAAACUUUACAACAAAUAAGUGGAAGUCCUGGACGUGCAAGAGACCGCAAUCUAUUCCAUUCGCCAUCCACAACAUCGGCAGCCACACCUCUGCCGCUCCUACGAGAAACGCCUACAAAUGAACGGGAACAACUUUUGAUUCAAAAGUUGAGGCAAUGUUGUACGCUUUUCGAUUUCUCCGAGCCCUUAAGUGAUCUAAAAUGGAAGGAAGUGAAGCGCGCGGCGCUGCACGAAAUGGUCGAGUAUCUCUCUAAUCAGAAUGGCGUUAUCACGGAGGCAGUCUAUCCGGAGGCAAUAAAUAUGUUUGCGGUAAAUUUAUUUCGCACAUUACCCCCAUCAUCAAAUCCUAACGGGGCAGAAUUUGAUCCAGAGGAGGAUGAACCUACCCUAGAAUCAUCGUGGCCCCAUCUACAAUUUGUUUACGAACUAUUUUUGCGUUUCCUUGAAUCCCCAGAUUUUCAGCCUAACAUCGCAAAACGUUAUAUUGAUCAUCAAUUUGUGUUGCAGUUGUUGGACCUUUUUGAUUCAGAAGAUCCUCGUGAACGUGAUUUCCUUAAGACUGUACUGCAUCGGAUCUAUGGAAAGUUUUUGGGUUUAAGAGCAUUUAUACGCAAACAAAUCAACAACGUAUUUUAUCGUUUCAUUUAUGAGACCGAGCAUCACAAUGGCAUUGCUGAACUUUUAGAAAUUCUCGGUAGUAUUAUAAAUGGUUUCGCACUACCACUAAAAGAGGAGCACAAACAAUUUUUGUUAAAAGUUUUAUUACCAUUGCACAAGGCGAAAAGCCUAUCUGUUUACCAUCCUCAAUUGACUUAUUGCGUUGUGCAGUUCUUGGAGAAAGAUCCAAGUUUAUCGGAGCCAGUCAUAAGGAGCCUUUUAAAAUUCUGGCCCAAGACACAUAGUCCCAAGGAAGUUAUGUUUUUAAAUGAAUUGGAGGAGCUACUUGAUGUCAUCGAACCGGCUGAAUUUCAAAAAGUUAUGGAACCAUUAUUUCGACAAAUCGCCAAAUGUGUGUCGUCGCCUCAUUUUCAGGUGGCUGAACGAGCCCUUUAUUACUGGAAUAACGAGUAUAUAAUGUCGCUGAUAGCAGACAAUUCGCAGGUCAUUUUGCCGAUAAUGUUUCCGGCUUUAAAUCGUAAUUCAAAAACUCAUUGGAAUAAGACGAUACAUGGACUGAUUUAUAAUGCACUAAAAUUGUUCAUGGAGAUGAAUCAGCGUCUUUUCGACGAGUGUAGUCGAAACUAUCGCCAGGAGAAGCAACUGGAACGCGAAAAGAUGUCACAACGCGAAGAGCUUUGGAUGCAAGUUGAGUCUUUAGCCAAAACUAAUCCUGAAUGGCCGAAAAUGUGUGGCCAAAUGGAUAAUUUAAGUAUUUCAAGUAGUCAAAAUGAGUUUGAAGAGAAUGAGAAUUGUGAUCUAACUUAUGACAAAUUGGAACAAAAUAGCAGACAACCGCAGAUACAGCCACAACAGCAACAAACAGCACAGGAAACUAGAGAGAUACAAGGGGAACGCAAUAAAGACAAGCCAUUAUUACGUCGAAAGUCGGAUUUGCCAGUUGAUAGCGGCACAAUUCGUGCCCUUUUCGAACAUAAACGUACAGAUGAUUUCUUGAAGACUACCCCGGAUGUGAACAAAUAUUGAAGGAAUUUAAGUGAACCCAAUUCAAGAAAAAACAUAACUAUUGCAGUAUAUAACUUGAAACUUAACGCAAAUAUAUAUGGAUUCAUUGAAAUUCAUCUUUAAAUAAAUUAAAUUCCAAAAUUACCAAUAUACAAAAUAUAAGCAUUACAUAACUACGUAUGUAGGCGUAACAUAUAUGCACUAGAUGAUAAAAAAUAAAACAGUUGCAGUUUAACAUAUAACACCAUGUUUUGUAAUCGAAAUGCGAGUGUUUAUAAUAUUUAAGAAGUAUUGUGUUUCUUCUUUUCCAUGAUUGCACUAAAAGCCUACAAAUGUUAUUUCAAAACGCCAUUCAUUUAUUCUAUUAAAUUUUUAAAACUUUAUCUCUUUUUAUCACGUAAAACUUUUAAGCUAAAUAAUAUAUUAUAUAUAUAAUAUACCUAAAAUAUGAUUUUAGAAUGGUCAUGAAUUAGUUUGAUUAAACAAAGUUUGAUUUUCCAAACGUUGUCGAAAUCGAAUGCAAGUUGGCUAAUACAGUUGAACUUCCAUAACUCGAAGUUCUCCAUAACACGAACUCUUAUAUUGGCAGUAGCGGUUAGAAGUCAAAUUUCUUACAAAUUUUCUUUCAUAAAUCGAACGAACAAAGAUAAUAUACUUUUAAUUUUUUUACAAAACAUUGACGAAAAUCAAAAAUUUAUGAAAAACUGAUUUUGAGUUAUGGAUGAUAAAUAGUGAUACAAAUAUGCCACAUACAUAUGAUGAUAUUGUAGAACCGAAUAUUGCAGACCCAACGAAUAUGACUUCUAGCGCCAUGGAAAACUAUGAAGAUUCUGAAGAAGCAAUUAUUCAACCGCCAUCCAAAGAUUAUGUAACGCUGUCGUUGCAAUUUUAAAUUCCUAUUUAAAUACGAAUAUUAAUACAACUGCAAAGCACUAAACUGAUUAGAUUCUUUUGUCGGUGUUCAAAAAAUAUACAUAUGUUCAGCCAAAAAUUACAGAAUACAUGUUUUAACUUAUGUACAUAAGCAAAAAUCUUGGUGCGAAUUAGAUAAAUAAUACCGUGUAUAAAUCUAUACAGCUUUUUGAAAAAUUUUAUGUUUUUAUGAAUACUGUUGUACGAUUCGAGUUAGGGAAGUUCAACUGUAUAUCUAACCAUAUUUACGAAAAUGUUUUUCCAUAAAUUUUGCAAUUGUAUUAGAUUACGAAUUAAAUGCAUAAACACCAAAUACUUACUGCUGCUUAAAUAAAUGCAUACUCGAGGUGUGUUCAAAAAAUAAUGGAAAUUUUAAAACUUUCAAUGAACCAAAAGUCCAAUUGUCAAAAUCUUUUGUUUAUUAUGUUGAUACAAUUUCGACAAUUGGAAGAAGCGGUGAAAUAACUGCAUAAUAUCGAAUGGGGACUCUUUUGAAAGUGACGAAGGAAUAAAUAAGUAAUGUAGACAAUGCAUGAAUAUUUAAUUCCCGUUAUUCUUUGAACACACCUCAUACAGGUAUUGAUAAUUAAAUUUACACGCCUAAACACAUAGUUUAUUUUUUAUCAGAAAAUAAGUAUACUAAUUUUACUAAAAGGAACAUAAUAAAUUAGUACAUAUACAUAUAAUCGGAAAUGCUGUUUCGUGAAUCGCCUAUGAUAUAUAAUGAAUGUUGAAUCCGAAUAUUCAACAUACAGGUAUUGAUAAUUAAAUUUACACGCCUAAACACAUAGUUUAUUUUUUAUCAAAAAAUAAGUAUACUAAUUUUACUAAAAGGAACAGAAUAAAUUAGUACAUAUACAUAUAAUCGGAAAUGCUGUUUCGUGAAUCGCCUAUGAUAUAUAAUGAAUGUUGAAUCCGAAUAUUCAACAUCAAUGCUAAACCAAUUUUAUGAUCCAAAUGUUAAAAAUUAAACUGAAAUAAAUAAAACAUGAAUAACCAUUUUAA